CGUUUUGAGAGAAUUGCCCACAUGAACGCGUACGAUGAAUAUACGGCUAUCUUCGGUUUCCGUGAGCCUGCAUGUCAGGCUCUCACUCAUCCAAAACUGGCCCGACAACUGUUACUUCAGAAUAAUGCUCCUCUGCGCCUGAUUUCCCACUUCUGUCGGACGAUCGCAGCCAACGCCAAACCGCUUUCUGGCUUCGAACCACUUUUCGAUUCCACACGACCUGCCAACUUCUUCAAUCCUGAUUACAAAUUCGAUUACUACGACUCAGUCAUGCAAAAUCACCUGCGGACGCUUCGGAUUGCGAAUCAAGAGGCGUGGCGUCAGGCACAUGAGUACACGCGAGUCGAUGCGUCAACCGAUGGGAAGAGUCUGGCUGGACAGUCCCGCUAUCCCCCCAAAGAACUUGACUGGGAGUUCGAGAUGGAAUUAUUGCCGGAGAGAGCGCCCUUCCGACGCGCGCUGAAAUUUAACGCUCAUCUUUCCAGUAUUCUUCUAGGCUUACUGUAUGUAAAACCGCUGGCUGGAGAAAGCGAAAGUUGUCCCGAAGGCUGGUGGGAUGAGGUCUCAAGGGAGUGUUUUCUGGCUUACUUCCGUUGCCUCCUCGAAAUCCUCAGCUACGUGCAGGAUAUGCAUCGACCUUUGGAGAUGGAGGGACAAGCAUGGCAGUUUUUGACCACCUUUGACGACCUGUUUUCCGAUUUAUCUCCUCUCAUCUCGCUAUCUGCCCUGCUUGCUAGCACCGAUCGCACACUCCUCCUCUCUGCCAUCAAGGAAACUCGAGAGGCCUUUGAGCAACGUGUCGGCAUUAUAGAUCUUUGUUUCCGAGUGGAACCUUUCACAGGCACAGGACAGAGGGACGAAGACAUAACAAGCAUUUCCUUCCAAACUUUGGGAGCCACGUCAGAAGUCUACGAGAGCUACGUGCCAACAUCGACAAUGAGCAUGUUCCAGCCGCUACCUCGGCUUUUGGCAGCCCUUUACGGAUAUGGUAUUGAAAUGGGUCUUCAUCCCGCUCUGCUCGGUCUGGCUGAUGAGGGUUAUGCCAAUUUGGUUAUCGAGAGGCCACUGCAAAUGGUCGCUUUUUUUGCUGAGAGCGACUUUUGGGAACUAGAGGAUGAUUUUGCUCUACAUUUCGUGAGUGAUUUUUCUCAGCCGUUCGAUAUGCUUAAUUUAGUAUUGUCACCAUCGUCCAGUUUCAUAGUCCUCACGUUGUCUCAAUUACAAAAACAGGUGCCGGAAAUGUAUAAAAGAAUGUCCGCGGAAGCUGUGGGACGGGACUAUCAGCUUCUCCAACAAGCGGCCGCGGUUUUGCCCCCGGACGAGUUGAUUGUGCGCAUGGUGCACAAACUCAACCUCAAGGAAUAUCUAAGUGAGCCUUCCUCAAAUCCGAGUUAUGGAAACGUACCGAGCGCGGAGAGCCUCUUGCAAGUUCUUCACUUCAUUGUGACCAGUCGAUCUCGUCAUGAUGUCGGCUACUUCGACCCCUCAAUCGUCGCGGCCAUACCCUCCUUGCCACACCUGUUUCCUCCCGACUUCAAUGAUCUGGACGAGUCAUUGGAGAUUGAGCAUGGUCUCCUGGUGGAUGAUGUCAUCCACCAGCUCUGCCUACAUCCAAUGACCUCCUCAGAGGUCCUCUCAGCCAUUCCGCCCCAACCUCUACGUAGUUGCCUGUAUGAGGUGCCGCCGUACUGUGGUCUCCGUACCACAACAGGAACCAAUUCGAGCACCUCAAUUGACACUGAGAAGGUGGUUGCAAGUCGAUAUCUAAUUUCUGAUAGCGAUCUUAAAGGUCUGAUCUCUCGCGUAUUGCAGCGAGUGGCCAUACAGACGUUUGUGAGAGGGGAGCAGAAGUAUUCUUUGCGGCCUGAGGUGCUCGUCUGCCGAUUCGAUCUCUUCUAUUCUUCCUAUAGACUACAAUUCGCAAACCAAGCCAAGGAGGCAGUAAUUCAGGCGUUGACGCAGGCCCGUGAAGCCAAUGCCCACCUCUUCCCUGCUGAUUUUCCCAUUCCGCCACCACCACCUCGUCCUCGACGACGUUUUGUAAAUCAACUGAAUGCGCCAAUCUUGAGGCUGCUUCGCUGCCCAACUUUUGUCCGCCUCCUUCGUCAACUGUUGGACACUGGCAUCAACUAUGGGAGUCAGCAGUCGAACUGGUCCGAGACCCUUCUUGAGCUGGUCCUCCAUCUGAUAAUUAUUGCUUUCUACGAGGACUUUGUAGCCUUCGCAGAAACUGGUGAAAGGCCCUUCCUGAAAGCGGUCAGUCUAGUGCCUGAAGCAUCUGAGAGUGCUGAGGAGUUGAAGCACCUUGCAGAACUGCGGCACUGCGAAAGGCAAGACCCUUCCAGCUCAACAAACAAUAAUUGUCUCGUGCGUCGUCUGGAGGUCCUACUUGAAAAGCCAUACUGCAAAAAUCAGGCAGAUCUGAUCAGGCAAGUGCAGGUGUCAAAACUGGAAGAGGAGCGUCGAGUAAAAGCCGAGCGUGGAUCGAGUCUCCUCGCAAAGAUGGCCAGAAUGCAGCGUAAGCUGUUUGCCGCGAGUGCGCAGCUUGGGGAUGUCGUGGGGGCAAGUGAGAAGAUGUCUGUUCAAUCAGAAGAGGUAUCGGUGAGCUCGCAGCACGGUAUGGUGGUACCCGCACUCGCCGCUCCGUCCACUGUCCUCUCUAGGCUCCUGCCCUGCACUCAAGCAGUAUGGUCUGACUCCGAGGGUACCGUAGGUCCUCCUUACUGCGGCAGCGCUGAUUGGACUUGGAUUGACCGUACGUUGAGGGCCAUCGCGACAUCAGUAGUUGCCGCCUCGGUUGGCAACGGAUGGGCACUGCCUUCUACACUGUCCCGCCUCUUGGCUAACCUACCCUCCUAUGAAAUGAGUGAAAAAGAGCGGACGAGCGGAGAGAAGAAAAAGAAGAGGAAAAAGAAGAAAAAAUCACAGCCUGCCAUCGCCCUUUCUACCCGACCAGUCGCCAAACACGCUGGUUACGUGGAGAAGCCCAGCGAUAUUCCUUUUCCACUGACUACGUGUUCCAUGUACUUUGCGCAUGUGCUUUUCAAAGGUUGA